CAUCUUCUCUUUCCACAAAUUGCAACUCUCCACCACCACUCCCAAAAUGGCCGCCGACAACAUGACACAACAGACCGCCGCUGCGCCCGUUGAGCAACAGCAAGAGACCUCAGGCUUCUUCUCCAGCUUCGUCUCUUACUUCGUCCCUACUGCUCACGCCGACGACUCUGAGGAAGAAGAAAAGGAGGAACCCGCUGAGGAGGAAGAAGAGGAGGAGGAGGAGGACCCCGAGGACAUCGCCCCUGCCAUCCGAGAAGAGUGUGAGAAGAACGCUUGCGCUGAGCACGUCCAUCACUUUGCGCACUGCCAGGAGAAGGUUGAGGCCGGCGAGGGUUUCCCGGGAGAGGACUGUGUUGAGGAGUUCUUCCACAUCUUGCACUGUGUUGACGCCUGCGCAGCCCCCAAGAUCUUCAAGAAGCUCGCGUAGAUUCGCUAGAUUCGACGUUGGGUUAGUGUGGAUGGGCUUUCUUCCUUUUUAGCAUAGGCGAUGAAAUAAAUUCACAUCAUUG